CCGUGGCGCACGUUGCCAAUGUCCGUUCGUUCGGCGCUCCUCCGGGUGUGCGCGAAAUUUGCAAAGUCGUGGUCAUUCGAUUCCGCGGAUCGAGCAAUUUGCCGCGCGAUUUCCUUUCGGUCGUCGUUCUCAUCGAAGAUUCCUUACGCCUUUCUUUAUCUUUUUGUCUCCUAAAGUACGAUUAUGAUGCUAGAUGAGUGCUGAUGGACAUUUUCGCGUGACCUUGUCCCUCAGGAGGGAACCGGUUGCCGGUCCAGUCUACUGCAAGAUGGAAACAUCGGCUAGGUUCCGUCAAUUGAAGACGGUGAAACUGAGCUGCGAGGCUACCUAUCGACUGGACAUCAGCUUCAAACCACCCCAACUGUUGGAGUCCCUGACCAUCGGUGGAAAACAAGUGGAGACGAUCGAGCGCGCCAGAGAUGGAACAGCCUGCGCUUAUAGCGCUUACCACAGCACGAAGGGUAUAUCGGCAAGUGCACGCGGACAUCGCGAAGAAUUAUCGAUCGCGAUGCGUGUCAUGGGUUCUGGUUACCUGAGCACUUGUCUGCAAAUUAAAUAUUAUCGUCAGGAUGAUCAGAGCCAUUGUGAAUGGGGCGCGCGGCUGCACUGUAUCGAACUGGACUGUUCGAGCGUGGAGGGUAGGUUGGUCACGGUGGACCGAGAAACAUACAGGAAGCUAGGCAUAGAAUCCUAGCAGUCUGUAGGUGCUAAUGUUAUGAAAGCCAUCACGUAGCAAUAAUGGUUGAAAAUUCUUAUCAUAUUGCGACCGAUUAUGUACUGCAUUGUUUUUGAGAAGAAGACACACACGCCAAUUAGGCAGGCUUUACGGUGAAAUCUGAAGCGUAACACCAAGGUGCAGAAUGUAGCAUGAUAGAUUUCAGCAGCACCUUAAAUGUAUUGAGUUUUAUCGUGUGCGUUGACAUUCAAGAGCGAAACAAAGGAGGAAGAAAUGGAUUAAGCUGCCUUUUGGGCGAAAUAUCAACCGUAUUUUGUAAUGAGAAACACAAGUGAGACGUAUGUAUAAGAACGUUGUAAUGAUUCCUUUCAAUCCCCGAAUAACUAAAUACGAUGUAACAUAAAACGGUGGAUCUGUGGAGUCCUGUGGAAGAGAGAUGAAAAAGGAAAGGAGAGUCUCUGUCUUAAACAUCAAAUGUGAGAUAGUUGGUCGAGGAGCGUACUUGUACAUACAAACGGAAGGUCGAUCGAGCGCUUGCGAGAGGAACGGUCCCUCUGGCGGCAAGUACGGGAGGUAAUGGACCCCACAGAUCCGUUUUAUCAACAUAAUCAAAUCAAAACUUUGAUCUCCUAUUUUUCUAUACUAAAAUCACAUUUGUAUAUACAUACGUACAUCUAAAAUAUACAUGUAUAUAUGUAUAAUGUUAUUGUUGUACAUUGGUAUAGACGAUUUAUUGCAUCGAGCAUAGCGUCUUUAUUUAACACGUUAAACACCGAGCUAAUUUAGUUUAUCUUCUCGUUUACGCCAUAUUACACCGUGAAACAUGCAGUACAUUUGUAUCGAAUUAGUUCGAUUCAAUAGUAUAUUCUAUUGCUUAUAGAAAUAAAGGAAUGCCAUUACAAGAUAAAUAUAAAAGUACUUCGAGUGGAAUAUGUUUUUGAUUUGUUAAAAAAUGCUGUCGAGUUCUACAAUUUUUAUUAUUAGAAAAUGAUAAUUCCCACCGAUCAGUUAUCGUUACACUGUGUAAAGACAUAUUAUACAAAUUCUAGUAAAAACAUUAAAAAUAAUAAGUUGAUAUCUAGAUAUAGUAGCUUCAUCACAAGAUGGCCAUGUACAGUAUUCCCACUAUAAAUGUGCGAAACAUAUCGUUCAAUGUGAAAAUUUUAUCGGUGUUUAACGUGUUAACCGAAAAGUGAAAUAAUGUUCUUCAAUCGAUGUCGUUAAGGAUUCCAUUGUUUUCAGUAAAUUGUGUUUAAUAAGGAAUUAGUAAAUGAAUUUACACAUUCGAUGCUCGAUACAUAAAAGUAUCAUAUAUAUUAAUCUUUUUCAUGAUUUAACGGCUACAAAAUGUAAAACCGCCGGUAUGAAAGUGAAUUUAAAUCUAACAGAAUCAAUGUCAAAUUGUACGGUACGAUAUACACGGUGUUCAGUCACUCCUGGGAAAAAUUUUAAUGGGAGAUUCUAGGGACCAAAAUAAGACGAAAAUCAAGAAUACCAAUUUGUUGA